GACCAUUUGUAGCCUUCCCCAUGUUCUGAUCUGCCGACUGAUGGAUCACUCCUGCAGCUGCAGUCCGGCUGUUCUGCCUCUGGCGGCUUCCCACUUCAUCUUCUAUUAAUGCCUCGUCUAGCUCCAGCUCCCGGCUUAGACAAGCCUCUCCAAGAUGAAGCUCCUGGGGUGGAUGCACCGGAAAUUACGACAGAAUAGUAAUGAUGUGUUCAAAGAGUUCAACAACGGUGGAGGUGGGACCUGCAACUGCAUCACCGGGCUGGCCUCGCCGGACCCCGCCACCUUCCUCGCCUCCGCCAACGAAUACUUCGCCGGCGACGGCUUCACCACCAACAACCAAUCGCCGCCGGACACCGACCUCUUCACCUUCGGUGGCAGCGGCCUCCUCACCAUUGGCACUCUAGGCAUCGCCGCUGUUGCGAUUCCUUCAGACGCAGAGGACGAGGACUACGACGUCGACGACGUUGAUGCCGAAUCCGACUCCGACGACAAUGACAACACCGUGGAUGAGGAAGACGACGUCGACAUCGAUGGCGCCGUCACGCCCACAUUCACCUACCCUCAGCCGCCACCGGUUGAGACCGCCGCCGUCGAGGAGAAGGCGGUCGCCGCGGUCGAGGCCAUCGCCGAGAAGAACGACGACACCACCACGGAGGACGACCUCAUGGUGGUGAGCGCCGAGCUGGAGAAGGUCCUCGGCGGCCGCAACAGCGGCGCUGCCGGCGACCUGGUGGCGUCGGCGCGGGUGAGCUUCGCCAUGGGCGUGGACUGCCCGCUGCAGGGCUUCCUGUUCGGCUCCCCGGUGAGCGACGCUGAGUCGCGCCUGGAGCAGCCGCGGGACAGCAACGGCGGCCGGCGCACCUCGCUCGGCGAGCUGUUCAUGCGCACGCGCUUCGCCGACGAGAAGGUGGCGCUCGUCGCCGUCGAGGAGGGCGAGGACGGCGCCGCCGGUGGAGAAACGGAGGACGGGAAAGAGGGGAAAGGCGGCGACGGCCGCAAGACAGUGAAGAAGAGGAGGGUGAACGAUGGAAAAGGCGCCGGUGGUGAAGGAGCGCCGGCGAGUGCAGCGGUGACCAAGAGCAAGUUUCAGAAGAUCCUUCAAAUCUUCCACAGGAAAGUGUACCCUGAGAGCACGGCGCUGGCGAGGAGCCUCACCAAGAAGAGCCGCAAGCGCGGCAGCAGCAGCGCCAGCGCCGACGAGCCCGAGCUGGCGUUGCCCAAGCUCCGGUGCCGCAAGGAGCAGCGCGCGCCGGGGUUCGGCUGCUGCGCCAACCGAGCCUCCUUCGGUGGCGCCGCCACUCCCAUCGACGACGACGACGACGAGCUCAACGGCAGCAAGAGCGGCCACUGGAUCAAGACCGACGCUGAAUAUUUGGUGCUGGAGUUAUAGAGAAAGAAAUAAAGAGAGAGAAAGUCAGGAUCUGUUGGCUGGUCAAUAUCAAGCAUAGUGAGUAUAUUGAGCAUGUUGUGUACUAAAGUUUGUGUGCUUGCCUCCUACAAAAUCCUUAUAUGUUUGUUCACGUCACCUGAAUGAGUUGUAUGUGUCAGUCUAUAAAGGGAAAUAGGACUGUGGAUGUAUAUGAACUUAAUGUAUGCUUUGCAUCAAGAUGUGAUUGCUGUGUUAUGAAUAACAGUUGAUAGC